AUGCGCCAUCCUGCUGUUAUCCACUGCCAACCUCAACCCUCUACACUUUCCCUCCCCCUCGCCAGUUUAUAUGACUUUCUACAACAAGCAUCCCUGUUCUGCGUUCGCAACCAAGAAAUCGCCAUGUCGUCUACAGAAAAGAAGAACACUACAAAGCCAGUCGACAAAGAAGCCGUCCGCAAGCUGAUCAACGAGCUCGAAGGCAAACUCGAAUCUCUGUACACACUAAGCGACGAGGUCAACAGAGGUAUUCUUGAGAGCAAAGAUGCGCUCGAAAGCCUCCGCGAGAAGCGUGUCAAGCUCACCAGAGCGCGACUAGACCGGAUCUUCCAGCAGUGGAAUAUCGGGCCUCUGACUAGCAACCAUCAACCGUCAACCCAGAAUCAGAAUCAGAGUCAGAAUCAGGGACCAGGUCCGGGUCUGGGUCAGGUUCCAGGAUCAAGCUUGGCUCAGACUCAAGCUGGGAAUAACCAACAAGGGCAAUUCGAUUCGCCAUGGUAG